AUAGAUAGAAGCAAUUCGAUAUUCUUGUAUUCCGCCACCACCAGCAUAUGUUUUAUUAAUGCUUAUACGACGACGAUUCAGAUGAAGUUGAAGAUAAACAAAUAGGCAUAAACCCUUUUAUCAAAAUUGAAUCUUUGUUGUCUGGAAACCAAAUAAUGUGUAUAGCGGUGUUCAUAUGGAAAUCUCAUCCAUUUUACCCUUUCCUCCUAUUGCUCAACAGAGACGAAUAUCACAAUCGGCCAACGACGCCGUUGAGGUGGUGGGAGGACGGUGAAAUAGUCGGUGGAAGAGAUGGGCGGGCGGGUGGAACCUGGUUGGCUUGCACCAAGGAUGGAAAGGUUGCUUUUGUUACGAAUGUGAGAGAAAUCCCAUCCCAUUCGCAAGUCAAAAGCAGAGGAGAUCUCCCUAUUCGCUUUUUGAAGACUCAAAAAAGCCCCCAAGAAUUUGCUGAGGAACUCGUUGGAGAAGCAAACCAGUAUAAUGGGUUCAAUCUAAUAGUUGCUGAUCUUUGCUCGAUGACCAUGCUUUACAUUACUAACAGGCCAAAAGAUGAUGGUCCAUCUAUAAUAGAAGUUUCUCCUGGCAUUCAUGUUUUGUCAAAUGCAAAAUUGGACACUCCAUGGCCCAAGGCUCAAAGGUUGCGACACAGUUUUGAGGAUGUAGUGCAAAAAUGUUGUGAUGCUGAAAUGUCAAUGGAAGAGAUAACUGAAAAACUAAUGACCGACACUACUAAGGAUGAUGAUGAAGAGGAGCUACCUCACAUUUAUCCUCCUGCCUUUGAGUACCUUUUGAGUGCCAUUUUUGUGGAUGCAGAUACACCUUCGGGACGAUAUGGGACAAGAAGUGUUUCUGCAGUGGCUCUGAAAACAAGUGGAGCAGUAUCCUUCUACGAAAGAAGUCUGGAGGACGGUGUUUGGAAGGAGGAGACAAUAAGCUAUCAUAUCGAAAGAGAGAGAAGGUGACCUCCAAAGAAUGGCGAGAUCACAAGAAGACUAGGUAUAUGUAUUUACUGCCAGUUUGCUGAAAUGAAAUAUACACAGGGUAGGGCUCUUGUGGAUGCAUAUGGAUGGAAAGGAGUCCACUAUAGGGUAGCCUUCAACGAAAAGAAAGGAAGGUUUCUCUAAAUAAUAUUUGUUGCAUGCAACUUGGGCGUGAUUGAAUUACAUACUUUGUAUGGUAUCAACCAGCCGCUGCGAAAGUCAUGUUGUUAUUGCUUGAGCAAACAAGAAAUUGCAACAGAAUAUCUAGGCAUGAGUUUUAGCAUCAACUGAUCAUUUAUAACAUAUAACUUAGGAGGCGCAUGCGCUCUUAUUGGACGUAGCCUGUAAAGCAACCGAGAGCGGGCAACAUACUAAACGCCCAAGGCACUACAAA